AUGACGCUCGACUCGAUUAAGCUCCCGGCGAUGGCGAAAGAAAUCACGAAAAUCAUUGACUUCGCGGUGGUAGACCUCCCUGCCAUCUACAACGUGAUCAUGGGAAUGCCUUUGAUAAACUCCAUGAAGGCAGUAUCAUCAACACAUCACCUAGGCAUCAAAUUCCCGACUCCCAACGGAAUUGCUGCUGAGGAUGGUGCAAGAUGGAUCAAAACCCUAGUCAAUGUAGAAGAUCAUGUAUUCGUACCAGACAUAGACCCUGACGAAAUUGGUGACCAAGGAAACAAAUUCGUAGAGGACUACAUUUCACGACUUACAAUGCUUCCUCUUGAUAGAUCAAGACCCUUGUGGGAUAUCCACAUCCUCAACGUCAAAACAUCUGAUGCAGAAGCAGCCGGUCUCAUAAGAUCUCACCAUUCGUUGGGAGAUGGAAUGUCACGUAUGUCUCUCAUUUUGGCGUGUACUCAUAAAUCAUCAGACCCUGAAGCGCUUCCUACUAUUCCUAUCCUUAAACGACGUGAAAACGUGUCACACGGCCUUAGAAACACAGGCUGGUUCUUAAGCUCGAUGUUUGCCAUUUAUGCCACAGUGAGAUUGAUUUGGAAUACCAUUGUAGAUCUUCUGUUACUCUUGGCUACGGUGUUGUUUCUGAAGGAUACAGAGACGUCUCUAAAAGGUGGUGCAGAAGCCGAGAGCAAUGCGAAGAGAUUUUCUCAUCGAAUUGUUUCUUUAAAUGACGUAAGCCUUAUAAAAGACAUCAUGGACAUGACUAUCAACGAUGUUUUACUUGGAGUUACGCAAGCUGCUCUCUCGCGCUAUCUAAACGUAGCACAUGGAAUUUUGGUAAACCUAAGGUCGGAAAUUGGAGUCCAGGCAUUGCUUAUCCAUUUCCAAAGUUACGCGGACAAGAUGGUAAUCUCGAUAGCGGUUGACCCUACAAUCAUACCAGAUUCGCACAAGCUAUGUGAUGCAAUGGAGGAGUCUUUGAAAUCUAUGAAAAUUGCUCUUUUAGGAAAAGGCUACUGA